ACACAGGAAAGGAAGCUCAACGAGCCACACGCAGAAAGGAGUCUGAAGUGACCCACAUGGAACGCAUCCUGGGGCGGGCUCGCCAAUUAUCGGACUCUGUCGGUUUUUUCCGGUGAUCUCAGUCAGUUAGCUAGCCAAGCUGAUUAGCCUGCUACUACAAGCUAAUGUUUGUAGGAUAUUUAUCGUUAGCGGAAUUGGAGUGGAUGAUAGAAAGAGUAUAGAAAAAUGGCGGACGUCGAGGGACAAGGAAUUUGUUCAUCGGUCCCUCCGUUGCCUCACCCUUCUUCUCAUAACGGCUCCGGUAGCGGUAACGUUACACCGGGCACCGGCGGCAGCUGCCAGACGGCAACCACCGUUACCUCAGGCCCACGGCUAGUUCGAAUAGUGAAGUCUGACUCAGGCUACGGUUUCAAUGUUCGGGGACAAGUUAGUGAAGGUGGGCAACUACGGAGCAUUAAUGGGGAACUGUACGCUCCCCUGCAGCAUGUCAGUGCUGUCCUACCGGGAGGUGCCGCCGACAGAGCCGGUAUUUCGAAGGGGGACAGGAUUCUUGAGGUUAAUAGUGUAAAUGUAGAGGGAGCCACACACAAGCAGGUGGUGGACCUGAUCCGGGCCGGAGAGAGGGAGCUGGUGCUGGCUGUGCUGUCCGUCCCGCCCCAGGAGGCCGACUGCCUAGAUCCCGGAGACGACAUUUCAGCCCUGUCCUGCUAUGACUACUCCGACAAACAGGCCGUCCCCAUCUCUGUGCCGAGCUACAAACACACUGAGCUCAACCAGGAAAAGUUUGUGGUAUAUAAUGUGUACAUGGCAGGCAGGCAGCUGUGCUCCAAGCGUUACCGUGAGUUUGUGAUCCUACACCAAAACCUGAAGAGGGAGUUUGCCAACUUUACGUUCCCCAAGCUGCCUGGGAAAUGGCCUUUUUCCCUGUCGGAGCAGCAGCUGGACGCACGACGCAGAGGCCUCGAAGAAUACCUGGAGAAAGUUUGCUCUGUACGGGUAAUUGGUGAAUGUGACAUCAUGCAGGAGUUCCUGUCUGAAUCAGAUGAGAACUAUAAUGGCGUGUCAGAUGUGGAGUUGAGAAUAGCCAUGCCCGACAAAACCACGCUCACCGUCAGAGUUCGCAAAAACUCUACUACAGACCAGGUCUACCAGGCUGUGGUUAUGAAACUAGGAAUGGACAGUGUAACAGGCAGCUACUUCGCUCUGUUUGAGGUCAUCAACCACACCUUCGUGCGUAAGCUUGCCCCCAACGAGUUCCCCCACAAACUGUAUGUACAGAACUAUACCUCAGCCAUCCCAGGAACCUGCCUCACCCUGCGAAAGUGGCUCUUCACUACUGAAGAGGAGAUUCUGCUCAAUGACAACCAGCUUGCUGUCAACUACUUCUUUCACCAGGCUGUGGAUGAUGUGAAGAAAGGCUUCAUCAAAGCAGAGCAGAAGUCCUACCAGCUGCAGAAGCUGGCUGAGCAGAAGAAGAUGUCCAUGUAUCUGAAUUUGUUGAGGGGCUGCGAGGGAUACAAUGAGAUCCUAUUCCCACACUGUUCCUGCGACUCCCGACGUAAAGGCAACGUCAUCACAGCCAUCAGCAUUCACCACUUCAAGCUGCACGCCUGCACCGAGGAAGGGACACUCGAGAACCAGGUGAUUGCAUUUGAGUGGGGGGAGAUGCAGAGGUGGGACACGGAUGAAGAGGGCAUGGCAUUCUGCUUUGAAUAUGCACGAGGAGAGAAGAAACCACGCUGGGUCAAGAUAUUUACACCCUAUUUUAACUACAUGCAUGAGUGCUUCGAGAGAGUCUUCUGCGAGCUGAAGUGGAGAAAGGAGGUGGAAGAGGAGGCUACAGACAAGGACAAUAAGAACUGCAGUAAAGAUGGUAUGUGUGGCAAGGUAAGGCUUUGCCUGCCUCUGUCCGGUCUAUCAUUAAUCAAUAGCCUGGGGGAAUUUCUCUGUUUUCUGUGUCAGAGUUUGUGUGUCUUCCUCCUGAUUGCUGUUUCUGCUUCAGAAUAUUUUCCAGCUGCUGAGACACAGAAGGGAUGGAGGCACCUAGGAAGGGAGAUUGUUACCUCUUAACUCAACACCGUUGUCACCGACACCGGCCCUCAUCUAGCCCCAGACCCAGCAACACUCAGCUAUUAACUACAUGUUCAUCAUUUACACUCCAUCAGCUACAACCUGAAAAGCUACCCCCUCCCCCCCCAGACACAUGAACUAGAACUCUUGAAUCCAGCGCACCAUAGUCAUGCAUUAAGCAGAGCUCUUGUCAAAUCAUGGAUUCAUGCAAGCCUUCUUCUUAUUGGCAGGGACUUGAAGUGGAAUGGGACUUGUACAUGGGGACUACUCUGAAGUAGUCUCCUACCGGGAAGAGAAAGCUGAAGAGAAUAAGGAAAUAUUGUCGGACUAACGAGGGAAAGUGGAAGCUCUUAGUGCUCGCUAUGGGGAGCACAGAUAACACUGAUCAGCGAUACUGAGAGUUGACCACAGGAAGACUCUUAGUUUCUCCAUCUACGGAUCAGAGCAGCAGUGUCUUCUUUGUCUUCUUGGCCAGUUGUUAGCGUGCAAGUGUGUAUGUGCAUGUUAACUAUGCAGAGCAGGGGGGGCCCCCAUAAGGCAAGGGGCCAACCAGAGCGAGGCCCUCAGAAUGUAAGUCACAUCCGAAUUAUGUCACAUACAUAUAUUUUCAUGUAUUUGCCGAUCAGUUUGCAUUUAUAAAAGAAAACUAUUAACAUUGUAAUGUGGCGAACGAGAGAAGAGAGAGAGAGAAAGCUGAACAAUGUUAAACUUAAGACUAAUGUUGCACUUUAUCCAACAGUAUUAACAAACUCCACACGUGGGAGAUGUAACCUAAGAAGCAGAUAGUGGGCAUAAUACUGGGACUAGCCUGUGCUUAGUUUACAUUCAUUUUUGACUGAAUGACUACAUUAUGAUUAUGUACUGCAUCAUCAGAUGGCGAGUGCAGCGUGCAGAGCCAUGCAUUAAACUUUUAUGUAUUUAUAUUAUUAUGUGAACACUCCACGCUAAUGUUUUGAGGCCACUGUAGAGCAGCAGCGGUGUGGAGCACUGAUCAGACUGUGGAGUACAAUAUGUUUAGCAUGCAUUACCCAUAAGAGACAGCAGGGGUCCUUCCCCCUCCUUCUGCUCUCUCGCAGGCCUUGAUUACUUUGUUUCAGAAAGCUCCCACAGGAUUUAUAAUAGGCCUGUAAUUUAAAAUGCCUUUCCAAUUGAAGCACUAUUUAUCUCUGUAGCUGGUACUGUUAAACCGCUCGUGCACUCCAGAUUCAGGUUAAGUGGGAAGAGGAUUUUUAUUCGCAAAAAAGGGCAGCUUGCACACUUCAUCAACAUGAUAGAUAUGAAGAUUAAUGUGCACAUUCACUAAAGGCUUUGUAACAACUGAUCACAGAGCUGCAGUGUAAUUCAACGUCCUUCUAAAUGAGCCCAGUUAAUGUUCCCACGUAUUAAUAGCAUAACUAGAAUGGCACUCGGAAAGUGCAGAGCUCCGCCAAUGACGUUUACAUAAGUGAAAAAUAAUGUGUAUAUCUGCCUUGGGAUUGGGAUCCGCUCCAACAUGUAAUGGGUUCUUCCUUCUAACAGUUUUUAUGAAAACUGGGCCAGUAGUUUUUUUCCAUAAUCCUGAACAGACAAACAGAACUGAAAGUGUAACCUCCUUGGCAGAGUUAAUAAGGGAAAACAUAAUUAUCUGAUAAUGCAAUAGUGACUUCAGGCUGACAAAUGCAUAAGAUAAUGUAAUUGCACAUCAUUAAACUCUGAAUUUCUGACAUUAGAUGUUAAUAAUUGUCCAGUGAGAUAUUGUGACGUUGAUAUCUUAAAAUCUAAAUCGACUUACUGCGUUAUCAACUCAUUUGGAAGGACAUUCGAAAGAUACUGCAUGUUCAGUCCAAAUCAAUAUACUGUGUAUAUCAUAAAAUGGCUAAUUCAUGCAAAAUCACGUGUAACAGACACGGGGGGUGGGGGUGUAAAGGAGGUUUAAUUGAAUGUGUUGAGCCUCGAAUUUAGAGAACUGCAAUCCUAAAGGCUGAAUGCAUUACCCAGGGUUCUUGUCUGUUUACUGGAGCGUGUCUGACAUGGUCGAUUGUCUGACAUUGUCUGAUCUGCCCACCUCCCUCUUUCUCUCUCUCAUGCUGACUACAGUUUAGUGUCUCUAACAGUAUUUAUUUCAGUAAAAAUAAUAUGUUAAAUUUAGCAUCUCUGUUAAGUUUCUCACCUGAUAUGGUUUGGCUUUCGAAAGAGUCACGCUGAGAUUGACGACCCGCAGAUUAUUUGACAUGUUGAAAUGUAAGAUUUAAGACAAAGUGUUUGGUUACGUCCCUUACUGUAAUAAAUUGUAACAUAUUCUUUUAAAUAAACCGAUUUAUUGAUGCAAA